GAACAGCUUAUAGAAGCUGUCCAGAUACGGGAGGGCCUUUGGAACUACUUGUCCAGAGAAUACAGGGACAGAAACUUAAGGGAGGCUCUUUGGGAUGAUGUAGCAAAGGAAAUAGAAUUGCCACGAUUAGAAGUGACUACAAAAUGGAAUAGCCUUCGGUGUUCCUUCCGCGCGGCGUUUAAUAGAAUGGCAACAACAAAAAGUGGUCAAAGCGCCAAAAGACUGAGUGAACCGAGCCAGCUGGACAACUCUCUGAUAUUUUUGGAGCCCACGUUAAACUCUGCGGCUUCUACAACUUCAAAUUUGAUGGAUGUGGCAAAUAACUCGCCAACCUCGCCAACGGAUAUCAUGUAUGAAGUCGAGUUUUUGGAAACGGAUGAUUUGGAAUCGACGCCGUCAACAUCCAAAACAACACCAACUCCUUCGGCAAAGCGGCGGCGCAUGGAAAAAGAAGACGCCGAUUUUGCUAAGACUGUCGAAAGUGCUUUGCAAACAAUAACUUCGGCAUCGAAAACAGACAAAUGGGAUGAUUUGAGGGGAUUUGUUUCGUCAAGUGGACGGGAGCUGAAUAUCGAAAAUCCACUUUCAAAACUUUCAAAAGAUAGCUGUAAGCAACACAGGUGUCUUCUCAGGAGAUUUAACCUAAUACUUGCUUAUCAGGAUAUAUUUAUUUUGAAAUAUUUAUUUUGCAAUUGAAUGCUUAUUUUUUUGUUUUGUUAAGGUGGCCUCACACAAAUGCGAUAUUAGUUUUUUAACAAUUAAUUAUUUGCAAAUAAAAUGUACAAUUUAGAUUUAAGUAGCUCUAGAAUUAGCCAGUGUACUUAAAUGUAUAUAUGUACAUAAAUAUAUGUACACGGCUGGCUCGAUAAUUAGAAACGAUUUGUUUUUAAAAGUUUUGACCAUUUAUUUUUAUUUAUUACUUUUAAUUUUUUUUAAGAAAAUAUAUUUCAUGUUACACCGAAAAUUAUGUAACUCAAAGUUUUAAACUUUGUACAAGAGUGAUAAUGAUUCGACACAGUUCAAAAAAAUUAUCAUCAAAAUUUCAAACUCUUUAAUAAGAAUCUCUAGAACUCAAGUAUGCAGUUUGAUGAAAAUUUUUUGAACUGUGUCGAAUUGUUAUCACUCUUGUACAAAGUUUAAAACUUUGAGUUACACAAUUUUCGUUGUAACAUGAGAUAAAUUUUCUUAAAAAAUAAAUUAAAAGUAAUAAAUAAAAACAAAUGAUCAAAACUUUUAAAAACAAAUCGUUUCUAAUUAUCGGGCCACCAGUAUAUAAACAGUGAUGAACAAAAGUACUGGCACAGUGAAUUUUAAGCGAUGUAUGCAAAGUUUUUUAUCUUAUUUAUUUGCGAUAAUUUUUUAUAAAAAUA